AUGAAAGAUCUAAACAUAGCAUUGGCAUCCGGUAUAUUAUUUGUUGCAUCAUACAUCUCAUUAUCUUCUCAUUACCUAAGUGAUUCAGGUGAUCCUUUUAGAAAUUUCUCAACAACUCAAUCAAAUUCAACGUCUAAGAAUUCAAAUAAACAAAACAUUUUCCUGUUAAGUGAAGAUGAAAUAACAAGGCGUUUAAGAAACCUGGAGGAAAGCUAUUAUGUCAAUAGAGGAAAAGGUGUUGUACGUUAUGAUAUUUCUCAAUUACCAAGUAAUAAUCCAAUAGAGGAUGAUCGUUCAGAAAGUGUCAUAACUGUUCCAACAAGUGAAUCUGAAAAUGCAGAUUUCUAUUUUUGGGGGAUUUAUGAUGGUCAUUCAGGUUAUCAUACAAGUUUGAAAUUGAGAGAUGAAUUGAUAAACCAUGUUGUUAAUGAAUUGGGUGCUAUUUAUAAAUCAGAUCCAACAAAUGAAUCAAUUAGAUUAAUUCCAUCUCAAGAUGCAAUUGAUACGGCUAUUAAGAAUGGGUUCCUAGGUUUAGAUUAUGAAAUUGUACAAAAAUCUUUACAAAAUUUAUUAGAAGAUCCAAAUAAUAAAGAAAAGGCUAUAAAUGCAUUACCUGCUGCUUCAGGUGCUUGUGGGUUAUUAACUUUUUAUGAUUCAAGUUCACAUUUGUUAAAAGUUGCAGUCACUGGUGAUUCUCGUGCCUUACUAGGUUCACUAAAUGAUGAAAAUGAAUGGACUGUUAAAAGUUUAACUGUUGAUCAAACCGGUGAUAAUCCAGAAGAAGUUGAAAGAAUCCGUGGUGAACAUCCUGAUGAACAAGGUGUUAUUAGAAAUGGUAGAGUUUUAGGUUCAUUACAACCAACUAGAGCAUUUGGAGAUUUUAGAUAUAAAUUGAAAGAAAUUGCAGGGAAAUCAAUUGAAUCAUUACCUGAACAUUUAAAAAUUUAUUUUAGAGCUCCACCUAAGAAUUUCCUUACACCUCCUUAUGUCACUGCAGAACCAGUUAUAACUACUACAAAGAUUAAUCCAUCCAAGAAUGAUUUCCUAGUUAUUGGAUCUGAUGGAUUAUAUGAAUUAUUAUCAAAUGAAGAAAUUGUUGGAUUAGUGGUUAAAUGGUUAGAAAAUCACAAGAUUAAUGAUAAUUCACCAGCAUUAAAUUCUAAAUCAUGGAAAUUAUUUGGUUCAAAUUCAGAUUCAGAGAAAAAAUUACCAAAAGUUUUAGAUAUUUCUGAUGAAAAAUAUAAAGAUUUCCAAAGACCAGCAUUUAGAAACAAGAAUAAUAAUCAACAACAUGAAUAUUUAUUAGAAGAUGAUAACGUUGCUACACAUUUGGUGCGUAAUGCACUAAGUCUUGGUGGAAGUAAAGAAUAUGUCUCCACAUUAGUUUCAAUCCCUUCACCAACUUCAAGAAAAUAUAGAGAUGAUUUAACAGUUACUGUUGUGUUCUUUGGUGAAGAUGGUGUCAUUAAAGAAGAUGGGAAAUUAGAAGUGAACUUACCAGCCACUAAAGGGGGUAAAUUAACAGAACAGAAACCAAAACUAUGA